AUGCCUUCUCAGGCAGGGCUUGGGGGGGGCAGUCCAAUCCGGGGAGACGGAGAGAAGCUCGUUCCCGCACAGCUCAAAGUGUGGUCUAAUAAUGUGAGAGGCCUCAACACCCCGGAGAAGCGGACUCAACUAUUGCGCCAGCUGUGGGCGGAAAAGGUGUCCGUGGCGCUCCUGCAGGAGACGCACUUUCGAGGUCAGGCCUCUCCAAAGCUUGAGAAUAGACGUUUCCCACUGGGGUACUACGCCAACCACCCAGACGCUAAGAAAACGGGAGUGGCGAUUCUGUUCUCCCGCACAGUCCCGUUCCAACUUCUCGAUACUUUGACGGACUCGGAAGGGAGGUUCAUCUUUUUGAAAGGUACUAUUGCACACCACACCUACACCUUUGCAUGCAUAUAUAGCCCUAACCGCAGACAGCACACCUUCCUGUCCAAAACACUUCGCAAACUAGAAAAAUUCAGGGACGGCAUGCUGAUAUUAGCAGGGGACCUUAACGUCCCGCUGGAUCCCCGGAUGGACACAUCCAGGGGGGCCAGCACGGUCCCGGAUCACAGUAUACGCACAAUGCGGCGUGACCUGACGG